AUGGAUUUUAUUAAAAAACACCCAGUCCAACAAACACCGGAUUUACAUAAUUUGCCAUUUGAUUUCUCAAGAGUAUAUUUUCGAUCUAUUAAUGAUGGUACAGAACAUAAAGUUCAUCGAAAGUGGUUAUCAUUUGAUAAUGUUUCAUCAAAAAUAUAUAGUUCAGUUUGCAUGACAUUUGGAAAAAAUCGAGACAGUGUUUUUGUAAAAGGAAUAGACAUAAAUUUAAAGUCUAUAUAUAUUAAAAUAAAUAAGCAUGAAGAAUCUAAUGUUCCCAAUGAAGCUGUCAGUACGUAUCUGCGAUUAGAUUCUGGAAAAUCAGUUAAAGCAUUAAUUCAUAUUCAAAGGUCAAAAGAAAUUCAAGAAAAUCGUCUCGUUAUGUUAAGGAUAAUUGAUAUCAUUCUUACAUUAGCUAAACAGGAUAUAGCUUUUAGAGGUCACAAUUUUGAAUCUGCAUAUAAUUUACAACAGUCAGAAAAUUUGAUACAAAACCAAGGCAAUUUUCUUGCUCUUAUAAAACUUGUUGCAAAGUACGAUUCAAUUUUAUUAAAUCAUGUACAAAAGUCUAGUCUGAAAAGCGAAUCAUUACGAAAAUCACGUAAUGAAAAAGCAAAUAGUAGUAUUAGCAAAAAAUCAGGAAGAGGCUCGUUAUUAACGUUUUUAUCAAAAACUACUGUCAAUAAAGUUGUUAUUAUUAUAGGCAACUUAAUUUCAGCAUUCAUUGCAGAAGAUGUUAUCGCAGCUAAAGCCUUUUCGCUCGAAGUAGAUUCAACGCAAGAUAUUUCUGUAACAGAUCAACUCAGUAUAUGUGUCCGUUAUGUUUUAAAUGGUGAAAUUUAUGAAAGACUUAUUAAAAUGUAUGCUCAGUAUGAUAGUACUGGUAAAGCUCAAUACGAUUUAAUAAAGGCAGAGUUAAAUUCUUUGGGAAUUGAUUUAAAAAUUUAA